AUGGUAUCAGAUCGUGAAGAGGAGGAAGCGUGUAAUAUGAACACAAAGCUUGGUCUUGGUCUCGGUCUCGGUAUUGGUCUUGGUCUUGGUCUUGGUCUGGGAGUGGACGGCGGUGAAUAUUUGGCUGGCGAUCGGGGGCGAAGGGAAUGGGAAAGGGAAAGGGAAAAGGAAAAGGAGAAGAAGGGUUCAAUGUUGUUUGCUCUUCAUCCCUGCGAGGAGGAACCCAUGGUUGACGGAUAUAACAAUAAUUCAAAUUCAAAUAUGAUUGAGGUGGAAGAAUAUUACGGCAGCAAGUCAAAGAAUGGCGCGAAAAAUAGCAGAAAUGGCAGUGCUAGGAAGAAGCUGAGGCUGACGAAAGACCAAUCCACCCUGCUUGAACGCAGCUUCAAAUUUCACAGCACCCUUAAUUCCACCCAAAAACAAACGCUAGCCGAUCAGUUGAAUCUACAACCACGACAGGUCGAAGUUUGGUUUCAAAAUAGAAGAGCAAGGACUAAAUUGAAGCAAACUGAGGUAGACUGUGAAUUAUUGAAGAGAUCGUGUGAGACUCUAACUAAUGAGAACCGGAUGCUAAAGAAGGAAUUGCAAGAGCUGCGAACGCUAAAGUCAGGACCUUCGCCAUUAUACAUUCAACUGCCGAAGUCGGCAACCCUCACAAUGUGUCCCUUGUGUGACAAAUUUUUCAAGUCGCAUGGCGCUGAUUGGAAGGUUAAAAAACGACAGCAACAAUAUUGA